AUGGCGGACGACGCCGGGGACGCCGGGGGCCUGCAGAGCCUGAGCCCCCAGACGCCGGCCGAGCCCGCCGAGCCCGCCGAGCCCGCCGAGCCCGAGACGGCUGAGGCUGCGGUCGGGGACGGCGCCGCGGCGGAGCCCGAGGCCGCGGAAGGGCCGGCGGACGGCGGGGCCGCGGCCGAGGCGGCGCCCGAGGAGCCGGGAGCUCCCGCGGAGCCCGAGGCCGCGCCGGACGACGCCGAGCCCGGGGAGCAGCCGUCCAGGCCGGUCUCCGAGGCCGGCUCCGAGGGGCCGCGGGAGGAGGCGGCGGAGGCCCCGGCCGCGCCCCGGCUCUCGCCGCCGCCUGCCGGCGAGGAGGAGCCCGCGGCCGCCCAGCCGCCCGAGGUCGCCAGCGGGGACGAGCGCGAGGCCAGCGAGGGCCGCAGCCCGGAGGGGAGCCGGGCGAGGAGCGCCGAGGAGCUGCGCGGGGGCGCGGGCCGGGAGGGCGAGUGGAGCGAGGAGGUGCGGAAGCAGCAGGAGCAGAAGCUGCGCGCCGAGCUCCUGGAGCAGUACCGCGCCCUGCUGGUGGAGCGCAGCCGCUACCAGCGCCACAACGUGCACCUGCAGCACAAGAUCCACGACGCGCUGCGCAGGAAGAAGGGCCUCGACGCGGCCGAGGCGCCCGACAAGGCCCCCGAGCCCGAGGCCCCCGAGAAGGAGCAGGUGUAUCUGCGCUACCUGGCCGCGCUGGAGGAGCUGAAGAAGCAGCAGGCCGACGACCUGGACUGGUUCCGUCAGGAGCUGAUCCAGCUGAAGAAGCAGUGCCAGGAGAAGGUCGCCAGGGUGGAGAAGGCGUGGCGCGCCUUCCAGGCCCUGAAGAAGCAGGUGGUCCUGCAGGCCAUGGGCAGCUGCCGGCUGCGAGGCGGGCGCCAGGCCGCCCUGCGGGAGGUGGAGCAGAUCCAGGCCCUGGAGGACAGGAAGGAGAAGGAGAUGAGCGCCGUGAGGCUGGAGAACGUGCAGCUGAAGCAGAGCUUGGCGCACUUUGAAACCAGGAUGAGGACCCAGGGAGACCUGACCGAGGGCUUGCUCCUCAUCGAUUUCGAACAGCUGAAGAUUGAGAACCAGACCUUCAAUGAGAAGGUCGAGGAGCGCAACGAGGAACUUCUAAAGCUGCGUAACAAGGUGAUCAACAACGUGCAGAUCAUAACCCACGUGAAGGAGAAGCUACACUUCGUGGAAAUGGAGAACAUGUGUAAGAAGUCCCAGGUUUUGGAAAUGGAGGCACGCGUGGCCCAGAAGAGAGACAUCCUGACCAAGACCAAGCAAGCCCGCGACAGCCUGCGGAUGGACAACAUCAGGCUGAAUCAGAAGUGCGGGCUUCUGGGCAAGGAGCUGCUCCUCCAGGACAUGGAAGAAAAGGUGGAAAAGACGGAGCUGCUCAACCAGCGCCUGGAAUCCCUCAAGCGCCACCACGCCGGGCUGGCUUUGUCCUGCAGGGGGGUGAAGCAGAAAAUCAGGGAGGCCAAGGCCUUUCUCCCCUCUUGAGACAGUGGAGGAGAGGAGCUGGCCUGGUGUUUUCAAUGUCGCACAACUUAAUCUCCGUGAACUUUGAGUCUCCAAAUGCUGUCAGUCCUGUGGAAUUUGGGGUGGGACACGUUUGUAUCAUAAUUUCUCACGUCCAAAUGAGUGCUGAGCACAGAAUUGGGUUAGCAAACAGUUUUGUAUGGGGUUGAGCAAAGUGGGUCCAGAGAAACAAACAACGGGGUUGGUUUCGUGUACCCGAGUGCCCUUUAUAUUUGAGCAGUUCCCUAGUUCCAGCGACCCAGAAUUAAGGAGUACUGCUACUCUACCACGUGGAGGAAAGUUUCAAAGUUGAGCAGAUGGGUGGGUAUAAAACAAAUGCCUUUAAAUUAAAUUGUGCAUUAAAGCUAUUAAACUUGCUUUGAACUUCUUAUUUUGUAGUCCUGAGUCACUGCCUGAGAUGCUCACUGGUUCCCUUAUUCCCAAAGUUAUGUAAAGUGUUGUGUAUGUAAUCAGCAUCAGCUGGUGGGGCCCUGAAAAUAUCCAGGGAGCAGAUGAUAAGUAGGAGAAGCCACUGCUGUCCUUUGGCUGCCCCCAUCCGCAGAAGGGGGACUGCUCACCAUUACGGUGUGUCUCAGGCUCUACAGCAGACUUCACCUGUACUGAGACGGCCUGUGGGACCCUCUGAAGAAAUGGCUACGUGUACUGAAAAGUGCAGUCUGGUUUUCCAGUGAGAACAAAAUGAUUGUGUAGUGUAUAUUUUGCCAAGUAUAUGGAGGGGGUGCCUGCUGAUGUCCAUAAAUCUUUUUUCCCAGCAAGAUAUUUUCAAAUCUUGACAACAGGACCUUCACUAUGCAUAUGUUACUGGGAUAUACUUGAGUGUCUGUUACGCCUCGUGAGAAAUACAUACUAGGUCUCCUCUUAAUCAGAAUCAGUGAUUAACAUUUUCUGUUUUCCUUGAUGCUGCUGCAGCUAAGAGCUUGGUUUCAUUUCCUCUAAACCUUAGACUGAAUUUUGAGAGGUGCAGAUUUAGGGUUAGAAGUAUGCCCCCAUUGGUAAACUUCACUGGACCAUAAGAAGGAUGGUCUCUGGGCAGAUGCUGCAGUUGGUCCAACAGUGUUUAUAGACUUCGUGAGAGUGUCUUCUGGUGACAUGGUCUUAUUUUCUAAAGUGUUUUCCACUUGAAGCCAAUAAAGCUGAUUAGAAUUCCUUUUCUAACUUCUGCAGCUUGAAUACACUAUUUUUGAUAAUAUUAUUGAUAAUAUUACACGCGAAUGUAACCAUGGGUAGGGGGAGCUUUGACUUCAUGCUUCCAUUCUUGUCAUCUGCAAUUUUGUUCUUUACCUGUUCUUCAAGACCAAAGUGAAAUUAGAUCACUGGGAAAUAAAUGGGACUUUGCUUUCUUCGUGCCUCGAACUAAAAGCUGUAUGUGCCCCCAGCAUUCUUUCAUGGGUGGGAGGCUUCCAAGUGACAUUGGCACAGACACUGUGACUUGCCAGGCCUGUGGCUUGCAUCAUACUACCGUCCUUGACUCCUUUGGCUCCCCCUAGGGAGAGUGGGUGUUUUCAGCUGAUUUGACCCAUCGGCAAUUACCCAGAUCCAACCAAGAGAUCCUUCCACCAGUCUUGAACCCAAUGACAAGUAGAUUUCUCAGAGCACAAAGAUAAAAAGGAGUUUGAGAAGGGUGGUGUUGCUCUAAGCUGCAGAGCAAAUCUGUCCUGAGUAAAUGAGCAUGUGGACAGUUACCAGUGUCCUCGCAAAUGAUAUUACUUCAUGCUGGACAUGGUGCCAUCAGUCAACCUUCUGCUGACUGCCUUACAAUGGGUUCUUCCUAAUUAAAGCAGAGAAAAGCUCUUACUCAUGAGUUAGCAACCCAUUCACAAAUGGUGUCUUCAAAGGGAGAGUUCACAGACCCUAAACCUUCUCUGUACAGCAAGUCUUACUGGUCUCCUUUGUGCUCCCAGCCCUGGAUUCCUUGCUUUGAUUGUUAAGGUAGUCACUUGUAACUCCAGGAAGACAAAAAGCCGUAGAAGGUGGGGAGUGCUGGCUCACAACCCUCCCCGGGAGCCAGCACGGUGCCGGGCCCCUGCCUGGUGCUCACUGAAGUUGUAGGAUUAAUGCACUAGUGUAGUGCCAGUCUCAUUGAUUUUCCAAAAAUAAGUAUUACUUGAAUGGCUAUUUAGUGUCAAGCACAGAUAAUUCCUAUGCUGGAUUGAAAACUAAUUGUAGGAGGAAAAAAAAAAGUUUGAAAAACUUGUCACAACCAAGAGGCGCCCUAAAGAGACAUGAUGGCUAAACAUAGUGUGGUACCCUGGAUGGGACCCUGGAACGGAAAAGGGGCCUUGGCGAAAGCAAGGCAAUCUGGAUGAACUGUGGACUUUAGUUAAUAACAAUGCAUCGAUACUGAUUUAUUGACUGUGACAAACAUGCCACAUUAAUGUAGAACGUUAGUAACGGGGGGAACUGGUGUGGCUGAUGUGGGUAAUCUCCGUACCAGCUUCACAACUUUUUUGUAAAUCU